AUGGCCAAGCGCUUCUCCGCUCAAGAGAAAGAAAAAGCUAUCGCUGGUACCGCCGGAGCGCCUUCGCGCUUCAGAAUUCGAGCUCCUGACUUCGACCCAUCGGAACUCAUAAGGGAGAACACUCUUACUCUAGUUGGACGGUUGACUAACCCCAAGGAACAAAGUAUGAGCUCCGUCAUCUCCUACCUCGCGAACAAAUGGAAUAUGGAACCUACUGCUGGCUCAGAUUUGGGAAGGGACUGCUUCCAGUUUCGAUUCUCUAAGGAAGCUGACCUCUGCGAAGUGCUGAAGAACAGACCCUAUCAAUUUGGGCGUUGGAUGGUCAUAGUUCAGCGAUGGGAGCCAAUCAUUUCGCCCUCUUUCCCUUCUCAAAUCCCCUUUUGGAUUACAAUAAGAGGGCUCCCCCUUCAUUAUUGGCAUGAGAAGGUGGUUAGGGACAUAGGGCUUGAACUGGGAGGUCUAGAGGACUAUGAAGUUACUAAAACAACGGCACGCUUCAGGCUCGUAGUAGAUGGGCUUAAACCUCUGAUAAUGGAAACUGAUAUGGCUUACGCAUCUGGGGAAGAAAGUAUUCUAACGCUAGAAUACGAGAGACUAGGAAAUCAUUGCACGUCCUGCCACCGCCUAUCUCAUCUGCAGUCCCAAUGUCCAGAGAGACCAAAUCGCCUCCCACCCCCCCCAUCUGCAACAUAUAUUGCUCAGCCUAGCUACAAAGAAGAUAUAUCUGAGGGUCCUCCACCCCCCAGGCCCACAAAGGAGUUUGAAGCUAGGGAAAACCGCCCUUUUCAACAAAGACUUGAUCGACACGGCAGACCGUUUGGGAACAGGAUCUCCUCAACGAUGGUGCGACCGCUGGGACCGAAAAACAAAAUAGCACCAGCUUCAAGCGCAGCUCAAUACCUUGAGGAAAAAGAACAGAGAUACCGCUUUGAGGUACAGAGAGAACACCACUACAAUUCUCCACCUUACACGAGACGUGGGACUAACAUAUUGGAGAAUCAAGAAGAACAGACCCCAACACGAACCUCAAACCGUCAACAGACAACUCUACGCUGGCGAGUAAAGUCACCUCCAGCUAACCAGGAAGCAACAUCACCUGCGAUUCCAGUACAAAGUACCCGAUCAUCACUAGGACGUAAUCUUGAUGCUGUUGAUUUCUCACCACUCUAUGAUGGCUCAAACCGAGAGACGAUCCUAGAGGACCUCAGAGAGGCGUCCCUCCGAUACAUAAAUUGCGAUGACCCUAGUGAACGGGCAGCGAGACAGCAGCGUGUACUUCAGAGUGAACUCAAUGGGACGGUAGAAGCAACAGCAGCUCAUUUGAUGCAGACCCCUACGAGAAACACUUAUGGUCAGCGUACGUCUGCGGAUCUCCCACCAAUUCCGGAGAUUCCCACAACUGAGGAAGUGAUGGAGGAAUUGAGAGAUGCUACCACGCAAUAUCUCAGCUGUGCCGACCCUGUUGAAAGGGCAGCUCGAAAACAGAGAGUCCUUCAGAGCGAAUUGGAUGGAACAGUGGAGGCAACCGCAGCUAACAUUAUCCUUUCAUCUGCAUUAACGGCAAGAACGCUGAGAACAGCAGACUCCUCAGUGAUCAUUCUCCCGGAUACACAGCUGAGCACUAUGCAGGAACCAGAGCCUAUGGCACCUCAAGUGACCACAACCAGGAAGCGGGGGAGACCUGCAAAAGCGAAACAACCUGUACCCCAGAAUCCUUCUUCUUCUACUGCUGCAACAAAACCGACGACUUCGAGGAGCACGGUUAAACUUAGUCCCAGGACCUUUGCAGGAAUGGGGUCGAAGAAAAGAAUGCUGGCACGAGUACAAGCGUCUCCAGGAACCUCAAACCGACAUCCACCUAGACGCAUCACACAAGGCCCUCCUGCUACGACAUCCUCCACAGCACCAGCUAUAGCGAUAAUCCCACCGGUCUUAAAGCAGCGGAUGGAUUUUCAUCCGCAAAGACCCGAUCUUCCUUAG